AUGGCCGACCGAAGCGUUGAGCGCGAGCUCACGUCGCGCGUCAAGGCGCUGAACAAGGCGAUUGCGUCCAACGAGCCGGCGCACAGCAUCCUGGCCAUCAUGGAGACGCUGAAGAAGGCGGUGGCCCCGACGGAGGAUGUGCUGCGGUCAACUCGUGCCGGCCAUACGGUCGGCAAGCUGCGGGCACACGCCAACCACGAGGUCAAGUCGAUGGCCACGGAGAUCGUGACCAAGUGGAAGAAGGCGGUGGAGCUGGAGAAGAAGCGAUCGGGCGGCGCUGCGGCGAGCAAGCGGGCCUCGCCGGCCAACCACAGCAGCAGCACGGGGACGCCGCAGCGCAGGGGCACGACGUCGCCAGGACCGGCCGGACCAGACGCGCGAGCCGAAGCCAAGUCGACGGCAGCAGCUCCGGCUGUGGCGGCGUCAUCCGGCACAGCGACAGCCUCGUUCCAGGGCGAUCCCGACAAGCGCAAGUUUGAGACGGACGGCGUGGACGUCAACCGGACGGGCGUGCAGAGCCGCGACAACUGCAUCGGGCUGCUGUACAACGGGCUCGCGUUCCGGUCGACAGAGCUGCCGGAGCGGGUGCUGGCCAAGGCGAUCGAGGUCGAGAAGGCGGCCUUUGUGGUGUACAAGGGCGAGACGGCCGAGUAUCGGGCCAAGCUGCGGUCGCUCUUCCAGAACCUCAAGAACCGGUCGAACCCGGCGCUGGGACGACGCGUGGUCGCGGGCGAGAUCGCGGCUGACGCCUUUGUCGUCAUGUCGUCGGACGAGCUCAAGUCGGCCCACCUGAAGCAGCUCGAGAGCGACCUCCAGAAGGAAAACAUGAAGAAGGCCCAGGUGCCGAUGACGGAAAAGUCCAUCAGCGACGCCCUGACCUGCGGCAAGUGCAAGCAGCGCAAGGUCAGCUACACGCAGGCGCAGACGCGCAGCGCCGACGAGCCCAUGACGACCUUUUGCGAGUGCACCGUGUGCGGCCACCGAUGGAAGUUCUCGUGA